AUGGCCUCUGUAACUUCCCUCGACAAAGAUAUGCGCAAAUUGCGCUUAGAUCGAUACACUCCGCAAGCCGCGAACGAAGUCAAAACAUUCAUAGAAGAUUCAUUAGGAGAGCGCCUUGCCCCUGGUGACCUUUUGGAUAGUCUCAAAGAUGGAGUGGCUCUUUGCAAGCUGGUUAACCUUGCGGUGCCAAAUACACUACGAUUCAAGGCCAAGGCCGUAAUGCCUUUUGUGCAGAUGGAAAACAUCUCACUCUUCCUCGAUGCCUGCAAAUCCGCGCCUUUCAACCUUCAAUCCCACGAUACGUUUCUCACAGUUGAUUUGUUCGAAUCCAAAGAUCCGGCGCAAGUAUUACAGUGUUUAGGCGCGUUCAGUAGAGCUGCGAACCGUAUCAACCCUUCGCGGUUCCCAAGUCCCAUUGGUGGGAAGUCACGGAAUGGAUAUAUGAGCCCGCAAGGAACCGGAUCUGGCGCAGUUGGAGGGGGCAGUUACGGGAACAGAGGACGUGGGGCGUCGAAUGCCAGCAAUACAUCGUCAGCAUAUGCGAGACCCCCUUCUUCUUUAACGCCUACGAGAACCGGCGAUUCCAAUAGCGGGAGAUGGAGUCCAACGAAGAAUAGCACAAAUCCGAUAUCACCGGGUGUGAGCAGUUGGAGCAAGAAAUCCGAUGAAGGAGCUACAUCUCCAGCUUGGAAUAUCGCACAAUACGGUUAUAUGGGUGGUGCCAGUCAAGGAAACUUGGGCGUGUCUUUCGGAGGAAGACGGCAGAUCACAAGUGCUGGUCCGAGUGUUCCGAACAUGGCAGAAAAGGAGAAAAAGAGAAAGGAGCAAGAAGCUGAAGCAGAGCGUCAAAGGAUAGAAGCUGAAGAGGAAGAGCAAAGACGAGUUGCAGCGCAACAAGCCGAGGAAGAGAGAGCACGAAUAGAAGAGGAACAGAGAUGGGCUGAGGAGACGAGGAAGGUCAGAGAGCGCGAGCGGCAGAAAGCCGAGGAAGAGAAGCGAAAAUGGGAGGAGGAAGAGCAGAGAUGGCGUCAGGAAGAAGAGACGAGGCAAAGAGAAGAGCGCGAGGCCGAGGCUAGAUUGCAGGAUGAGCGCAAGAGGGCUCGUGGUAAUAGUGAUGCGAGACUUAGGGGACAGUUUUUGAGCCAGUACCAAGCUGAGAACGGUUUCUCGAGAGGGAGCAGCAACGGAGAAAGUUCUGAGAGCAGUCGUAUCAAGGAACUGGAGAAAGAGCUUGAGCAAGCUCGCGAGCGAGAACGUCAAUACGAAAGAGAGCGACAAGCGAAAUUGAAUCAACGAAGCCGACAGGCCACGGAAGAUCAUGACAUGUCGAACCGGAUUAAAGAAGAGAAUGCCAAAGUACGGUCUCGCUCAAGAAGCCGCCCACGUGCCCCAUCACGAAAAGAUGAGGAUGAAUCUUGGCGCGAAGACGAGAGAGACUAUCUACGAAAGCAAUGGCAAUCACAGCAUUCCGACGAACCGGUGCAUACUCCACAACCUGCUAAAUCGCCUCGUCCGCUCCCAGAGCCCACACCAUCUCUCCCACCGAGAGUCGUGAAGCAGAACACAGGCUCCUCACGACCUCUUCCCGAUCCCGCAAAAUACGCUUCUGCCAAGUCCCCAGAGCAACACUUCAGCCCCAAUCAAAACCGCACAGAUCGGUACCUAUCGUCUAACCCGGCACCUAGACAAGCACAAGCGAACACAACGUACUCCAACGAAAUUGGCGGCUUCGACAGCGCAGCCGAACGUGAUGCCGAAGAUCGCCGCCGUGUAGCCUCGCAGCAGAAGACCAAAGCUUCAGGCUGGGCAUCAAAGUCUCUGCUUGAAAGAGAGAUGGAGAUGGAGCGGCAAAGACAGCAAGAGUGGGAGGAGAGCCAGAAGGAAGUCAAGAACAAGGUUCCAAAGGGCGAUGGUGUUGAUGGGAUUGGUGGCGGGAUUGGCGGCAAAUGGGAUGUCAAUCAAUGGACUGGAUAUACUGGAGGUGAUGGUCAGAAUAGGGGUACUCAGGGUAUCGGGUCUGGCAGGAGACAAAUCGUCGGUCCGAGACCACCUCCCGGACGAUAG